CAGGACAUGGCCUCGAACUUAACUAUAAUACUGUUAUGCAUUUUAGAAGAUGAUCUCUCGAAGAAAGUGUUUCCGAGUACUAGUUAUUGUGUGGAUGAGGAGGAAUUGGAGGACUCGAUCGGCACUCCUCUGUUUGUAAUGUUUAGGAAUUUGUGUCAAACGGCAGAAGAAGAUCCAAAUCGGAUCCCUUUGUUGAAUCUCUUAGCAGAAAUGGGAGCAAACAAUUCACGCAUCGGUUAUUCAAUGAUAUACUAUUUGAAGGCCAGCAAAUCGGUGGACAACCGUAUGUCCUCUUAUCGCGAAUAUGUGAGAGCUUUAGGCAAAGACCUGACGGGUUGUCUGUUAAGUGAUCUCAAGUCGUGCCAAAGCGAUGACGUGAAUAUGUUCUGUUACCUCAUCCCUGAUAUUUACACACAAUUCUCUAAUAUAGCGAUUGGGAAUUCAGAUCUUUUGAAUCUAAUCGUCUCUUGUAUUGAUUCCUUACAAUUGCAAGACUUAGUCAGUCAUGUCAUGAACGGAACGCUUAAAAUGUUCAGAAAAGACUCACUUCUCUCAAUAUUAAACGCAAGUCUUGAGUGGGAGACUAUAGAACAGUAUUACUUAUGGCAACUGUUGACCGCACACAACAUACCCAUUGAGCAAAUUAUACCAAUUUUGCCAAAAUUAGAAUAUAAUUAUCAUGCCGAAGCCUUAACCAAUAUAAUGCUGUAUUUACAACGAGAAUCUCCGACUUCUAACUUAAUUAAACACAUAUUAAGUCGAGAAUCGAAAGGCAAUGACUUUUUUGUUGUUUCCGUUUUAAACUAUUGGUCGCAGAAUUUUUCGGACAAAUUGUCUGAAUUAAUCUCUUCUUAUUUGACAUCAAAAGUUAGUUCACCCGCAAAGAGAACCAAAAGGAAUGCUAACAAUAAAGUUCAGAUUAGCUCUAAUGUGGAGUUAAUUCUCGCACAUAUGGAUCUAUUGCGACAACGAAAUAAAAAUCUGAAUUUCUUUAACAGCGAAACAAUGCAAACAACUUUAGUUCAAUUACAGUCCAUUGCAUCCGAUACUCAAAAGACAAAAUACAGUGAUUUGCUGGCAUUGGCCGAAGAGUUGGAUCCAAAACCGACACCAAAACGGGGCGCAAAGAAUACGAAAGCAAAGAAUGCUAACAAUAAAGUUCAGAUUAGCUCUAAUGUGGAGUUAAUUCUCGCACACAUGGAUCUAUUGAGACAACGAAAUAAAAAUCUGAAUUUCUUUAAUAGCGAAACAAUGCAAACAACUUUAGUUCAAUUACAGUCCAUUGCAUCCGAUACUCAAAAGACAAAAUACAGUGAUUUGCUGGCAUUGGCCGAAGAGUUGGAUCCGAAACCGACACCAAAACGGGGCGCAAAGAAUACGAAAGCAAAGUCGAAAUUUUCUAAUGUUUCCAACGCUAACAACGACUCGAAUACAGAAAGCGAUUCAUCGGAAGAUGAGAUUCCUUUAGUUAAACAACAAAAAACAGCAAAUUCUCGCAAAAAACGGAAACAAAUCGGUUCUGAUAGCGAUUAGAGAGAGAUUUUUUAACAAAUAUUUAAAUUAUAUAAUAAAAUGUGUAUUUCAUUGUUUUAUAAACCAUUGUUUGAUUGUAAAUAUCAUUAGUUACUAAAAACAUUUUAAUUAUAAGAAAAUUCAAGUUUAAAAUGAUUUAAUA